GCCGGGCGGGCGGCUGUGAGCAGCGCUCCGGGCGCGCUGGGCGGGGAGCCGGGCCGGCGGCGGGAGGACAGGGCGGCGCGGGCCUGGCGCCGAGGACGAGGAGCCGCAAGCAGGGCCGGCCGGCUGGCGGGCGGAACGCCGCCGCCGACGCACAUAAGGUGACCGGGCAUUGAUGCACCCCCAAGGGAGGCCACGCGCUCAAGGAGGCCACCCCUGCUCGCUGCUGCUCACAUGGUUUCUGGGCCCCUGGCACUCCGGUGGUACGCGUGGGCAGGGCGUGGGGACAUGGGGCCUGACAUGGAGCUGCCCAGCCAUUCGAAGCAGCUCCUGCUGCAGCUGAACCAGCAGAGGACAAAGGGCUUCCUGUGUGAUGUCAUCAUCAUGGUGGAGAACUCCAUCUUCCGGGCCCACAAGAAUGUCCUGGCCGCCAGCAGCAUCUACUUCAAGUCCCUGGUCCUGCACGACAACCUCAUCAACCUGGACACGGACAUGGUCAGCUCCACAGUGUUCCAGCAGAUCCUGGACUUUAUCUACACGGGCAAGCUGCUGCCCAGCGACCAGCCAGCGGAGCCCAACUUCAGCACUCUCCUCACUGCCGCCAGCUACCUCCAGCUGCCCGAGUUGGCAGCCCUCUGCCGUCGAAAGCUCAAGCGAGCCGGCAAGCCUUUCGGCUCUGGGCGGGUGGGGGCUGCUGGCAUGGGGCGGCCCCCCCGCAGCCAGCGGCUGUCCACAGCUUCUGUCAUCCAGGCUCGGUAUCCGGGGCUCAUGGAUGGGCGCAAGGGGGCCCACACCCCCCAGGAGCUCCCCCAGGCCAAAGGCUCAGAUGAUGAGCUCUUCCUCGGCAGCUCCAAUCAGGAGAGUGCACACAGCCUGGGCCGGGCCGUCUGUCCAGCCGGUGGGGAGGCCGGCCUGGGCAGUUGCAGCACCAAUGGGAGCAGUGGGGGCUGCGAGCAGGAGCUGGGCCUGGACCUGUCCAAGAAGAGCCCGCCCUUGCCCCCCGCCACUCCUGUUCCCCCCCUCACCCCAGAUGAUCCCGCCCAGCUGAGUGACAGUCAGCAUGGCUCGCCCCUCUCGGCCUCAGCUCCUCCCGUUGCCAACAGUGCCUCUUAUGCCGACCUGGGGGGCGCCCCCAGUGAGCCCAUGGACCUGGAGGGGCCCGAGGACAGCCACCUGAGCCUGCUGGAGGCGCCUGGCGGGCAGCCCCGGAAGGGCCUCCGGCACUCGGCCCGCAAGAAGGAGUGGAGCAAAAAGGAGCCCGUGGCAGGCUCCCCCUUUGAGCGGAGGGAAGUGGGGCCCAAGGGCUCCUGCCCGGGGGAAGAGAGCGAAGGCCUUGGGGACAGGGUUCCCAACGGCAUCCUGGCCAGCAGUGUAGCAGGGGGCGGCCCCAGCGGGCCCUACAGGGAGCCCUCAUACCCCUGCAAGGAGGAGGAAGAGAACGGCAAGGACGCGAGUGAGGACAGCGGGCAGAGUGAGAGUGAGGGGGGCAGUGGCCACGCCAGCGCCCACUAUAUGUACCGGCAGGAAGGCUACGAGACAGUGUCCUAUGGGGACAACCUGUAUGUGUGCAUCCCCUGCGCCAAAGGCUUCCCCAGCUCCGAGCAGCUCAACGCCCACGUGGAGACGCACACAGAGGAGGAGCUGUUCAUCAAGGAGGAGGGCGCCUACGAGACGGGCAGUGGGGGUGCGGAGGAGGAGGCGGAGGACCUGUCGGCGCCCAGUGCAGCCUACGCAGCCGAGCCCCGGCCCUUCAAGUGCUCGGUCUGCGAGAAGACCUACAAGGACCCGGCCACCCUGCGGCAGCACGAGAAGACACACUGGCUGACGCGGCCCUUCCCCUGCAACAUCUGCGGCAAGAUGUUCACGCAGCGUGGCACCAUGACCCGCCACAUGCGCAGCCACCUGGGCCUGAAGCCCUUCGCCUGCGAUGAGUGUGGCAUGCGCUUCACCCGCCAGUACCGCCUGACGGAGCACAUGCGCGUGCACUCGGGGGAGAAGCCCUACGAGUGCCAGCUCUGUGGGGGCAAGUUCACCCAGCAGCGCAACCUCAUCAGCCACUUGCGCAUGCACACUUCCCCCUCCUAGAAGCCAAAGACCUUCUCCAGCCCGGGGCGCGCUCUGCAGACUCGCCCUUGGGAACAAUGGAAGAAAGAAGUGAGGAGGCCCAGGGGGCAGGCCCGGACCCCAAAUCUAGUGGGGGUGGCUCCUGGUGACACCUCUAGCCAGCCCCCACUACCCAGAGCUUUAAUCCACAGUCUGUACCAAGGGAAGAGAGCAGAAGAAGGCCGGGUCCCGAGCCCCAAAGUCUCAGACCUCAGCAGCUGGAAGGCCAGUCCCAGUGAGUCCUCACCUCUGGAGCCCCUCCAAGUCGGCCCUGGGAGAGCUCCCGGCAGAGGGCACCUACGGGGCGGGCAGGCGUGGCGGCUCCCGGGUUCACCUGAGCCUUCUUCCCAGCCCCGCCUCUCCAAGCCCAGCUGGCACCAAAGAGCUUGGGCCAGUGCUGACUGGCCCCCAGGCCUUCUGGCCAUCCUGGCCAGCUGGCACGGCGGGGUGCUGUUGGCUCUGACCACAAGACCGAGGCUGGGCUUGGGCUGGGGAUGGCGGUGAGCCCCACCUCUGCUCUGCCUGAGAUCCUGGGGUGGGUUGAUGUGAGGGUCCCUCUCAAGCCAAAAAGCCAGGACCUUUGCACAUCCAUUGAUUCUGGCUGGUCCCGGUCCCUGGGGACCCACCCGCCACCACCAGUAGCAGGAGGGGCUUACUGGGCUGGUCCUUCCCAACACGACGGUGCAGACACUCUGACAGUGUUGUUUUUGUAUCACUAUGUUUGUGCGGUAAUGAAUGUAUUUAUUUCUCAGACGUGGGGCGAGCGAGAGGCAGCCGGGCUCUGCCACCGCACGCUCCUGCCAGACCGAGCCACUGCAGGGGCUCGUCCAGGGCUGCAAAAAAGAUGAACCUUUAAGCAAAUAAGAAUCUCAGAGACUCGCAGCAUAGCCAUACACCUCAGCCUGUGAAUGAGCAAUCCGGACCAGACUGGCUUUCAGAACCCACGCAGCCACGCGUGUGUUCCUGUCAGUCACCACUCGGUGCCGGGCUGUCCUCUGCCCCCACCCCAUCAGUAUUCACUGGACUUGACCGAGUGCAGGAGUGCGAUCUGGGCUGGCUGGCUGGGCAGGCAGACCCCAGCCGCCAUCCCUGCAACCGACCUGAGUUGGGGUGAGGCCUGGGCAGCCGGAAGGGCAGGGCUCAGGGAAGAGGUCACUGUAUCCGUCCUGUCCCCCGACUUGGGGGACAAAAGCAGAGGCGCCAGGCCUUGGGCGAACAAACAAGGGAUCUCGGCUCUGCCCCCUGAGGGACCAAGGCCCUUGCUCUUACCCAGAGCCACGUUGGGGCAGAUGCUAUUGAACCUGUGAAUCCGAUGCCAGGAGAGGGGAUGGAGAGGGACCUAACCAGAGCCUCAGUCUGACAUUCCAAAUGAGGGGGUGGGUGUGCACUGUGGGAAUUGAGGCUGCCCAGUACCCCCCAGCUUCAGUCACCCCACUUUUUCUACCAGGAACUCCUCCCCCUACCUCACCUUGCUAUUUAUUGCUGUAAUUUAUUGACCUCAAAAAUGCUGCAUAACAGACCUCACUUGGGACAGGGAGGAUCUCCAGGCCCCCCCCUCCACUUGGCGGGGCCCUGUGGGGCCAGGUGCUGAGGGGAGCCUCUCUGUACCCUACCCAUCACUUGCUUUCCCCCUCCCCCCUUGGGGGACCCCAGGUUGGGCACUGGCCCAUUCAUAAAUACCUCGAGGGGGAGGGAGAGGGAUGGGGUUAUAGCUGUUUUGUUUAAUUGGAACUGGAAGAGGGAUCAUGUCCUUACUUUAUGUCCUUCCCAGAAAGGGGGAGGGACACUGUGAUCGCACUCCUGUACUGGCCACCGCCGCUGUCAGUCAUCACGUUGAGUUUCACUUCCCUCGAGAGUUUGGAUAAAUUCAGGUCAGAGCUGCAAGUACGCAGCCCUCAAGUGUCAUAGAAAAGCAAUUCACCUACGACUGAUCUCUCCAUUCAGAAGUGUGCAGUCUUAAUGUACAGUGAUGAGAAACUGUUAUUUUAUGAUCUUUUCAUUAAAAGCUUGAUUGAAAACUA